GUAUCUAAGCGGAUGAAUUUAAUAGUGCAUUUAAAUUAGAAUUCAACGUGGUGUUUUUUAGGAACACGUGUCCCUGUGGUAGUUGUAUUGAAUCAACUUUGCAUGUCCUCUUAUAUUGACCUGCAAACUCUUCCUGAUAUUGACCCUGUCGCCCCACAUGACUCAUUUUAAUACCACAACUCUUUUACAAUCUUGCCCCUUAAUACAGGAUGACAUCAUUUUAAAUUCUUUAAACCGAUGUCGCAAGGAAUGUUGGAGCUUGUGCAGUCUGUGACAGGGAGAGUUACUGUGCGUUGUGUUGGGUGCUAUUCGUUAUGACCCUCCACGUGUUGUGUGUUGACACAGGCAGAGUUAAAGACAGCCAAUGAAAAGAAGGACCCAUCCCUUUAUAAGCACGGUCUUGAUGAYGAGUCAUUCUGCCAAACCUAGUACACAGGUAAGGACAGGCCACUCUCUCACUUAUUGAUCUUCAGCUACUUCUAUUGUUGUURMGUCUAUUUAGUCUGAAGAUUCCUGUGAAAAAUCAAAAAAAAACAUUUUCCCAUUUUUCUUCAGUGAAAAACAAAAACAUGCAUCUCAAAGUAGUGAUCUUCGCCUUGUCAUUUUUGACAACCACAGCAUACCCACUCCACCGUACCCGCAGAGAAACAUCACAGGCACUACGGGACAAUCAAGCUCAUGAGAAGACAGACCUCAACAAGGAUMUCAACGGGCUGUGGAAGAGCCAUGUGGAGAACAGCAACCUGUAUUCCCAGGACAGCCCCAACCCCAUGGUGAGCGAGAUCAGGCACAAGCUUACCCUGGAGUCCGAGAGGCUGCGCGCCCACCUUCYCCAGGAGCUCACUAAGCUGAGGGAGAGGCUCGCCCCGUACCCUGCCCACCCCCAGUCCAGCGAGUCRACCCUGGCCAGCAUGAGAGAUCGCCUAGGCCCCCUGAUCAAGCAGCUCCAGAGCGCCUUGGACGGCAACAGCCAGGAGCUGUGUAGCCACCUCAGGCUCUACUUUCAGGGAUUGGAGGCCGCGGAAAGCCAGGCGGCGGCCGGACCCACCCUAUACCUGGAGGCUGUGCAGUGGAUCAGCCAGACCUUGGACGACAGCAGUGCCGAAAUAACCUUCCUCAUCCAGGACUUCAAAACCAAGACGUCCAGCGUGAUCAGGGAGCUCAUUGGUACCAUUCAGGGGGACUUCUGGCAGGAGGUGAAUGUCCGACUGGGACAGGAGGUGCAGGCGAUGAGUCUGGAGGUCCAGGGCAGGGUGGGGGUGCUGAAAGCAAAUCUGGCCCGUCUCCUGCUGGCUCCACAGCCCCUCAAGGCAGUGGUGUCCACCAGUAUGGAUCAGUUCUGCCAGAGUGUCGCCUUACAGGACCAGUUGUUCCAUGCCCGAAUUGAGAAGCAUCUUCUGGGGCAGGAGUCACAGGCUCAGAGCCCCAGCGAGCCGCUCUCUCUACAACCUCUGGGCUUAUUGGAGGAGGACUUCUCUGCGAAACUAAGUGUUCUCCUCCAGGACAUUCUUAACAAUGUCCAGUYAAAGCAGAACAUAACUUUCCACACAGCAGAAUGAGAGCGAGAGAGUGCAUUGUGUCCCAUUAUAGGGYGCAUUUAAACUAUAUCAUUGUUUCUGCUCCUCGUGCUUAUACAUAUCAACUCCUCUACCAUUGUAUAUAGAGUACAGUAAGUAAUCCAUGUAUAUUUAUGAUGUUUCCAUUGUUGUGUUUAUUUCAUGUGGAUGAUUGUUGUAAAGGCAUUGUAUGUCGACUGUAAAUAAAGCUUGUGUGAAGUUUA